CGCGCGGCCUGCGCUUCCGGGCGCCUGCGGCGGGCACUUCCGGGCGGCUUGUAGCCUCAGGUGGGAGUAUGAGCGAGUUCCGCAUUCACCAUGACGUCAAUGAGUUGCUCAGCCUGCUGCGCGUUCACGGUGGGGAAGGAGCCGAAGUCUACAUUGAUCUACUGCAAAAGAAUCGAACACCUUACGUUACCACGACCGUCUCUGCACACAGCGCAAAGGUAAAACUAGCAGAAUUUUCUCGAACUCCUGAGGAUUUUUUGAAGAAGUAUGAUGAGCUGAAGUCUAAAAAUACAAGACAUCUAGAUUCUUUAGUUUAUCUACUGUCAAAACUCACAGAAGACAAAGAGACACUCCAGUAUUUGCAACAAAAUGCUAAAGAAAGGGCAGAACUUGCAGCAAAUGCAGCAACCAGUGUCAGCACAAAUUUUUCCAUUCCCUCGUCUACUUCCAAGAUAUCUCUGCAGGAGCUCGAGGAGCUACGCAAGCAGCUGGGCAGUGUCACAGCCAACUCCAGUGUACAGCAGCCUCUUGAGCUUACACGAAAAAUCCUCCGAGAUAAGCAGAACAAGAAGAAUUCUGGUCAGCCCAUUCCAGUAUUUCCAUCCUGGGUGUAUGAGAGACCUGCGCUUAUUGGUGAUUUCUUAAUUGGUACCAGUUUAAGCACUGACACAACAGUACCUAUAGGUACUUUGCCAUUAGCCUCCCAAGAAUCCAUGAUUGUGGAGGACUUGCUGUACAUUCUGAUUGGUGUGGAUGGAAGAUACAUCACAGCACAGCCUCUUGUAGGCAGGCAGAACCGAGCAUUUUCAGUUGAUCCAAACUUGGACUUGUCCAUCAAAGAGCUCGUGACCAGGAUUCUUCCUGUAGCAGCAAGUUACUCUGCUGUCACCAGGUUCAUAGAGGAGAAGUCUUCCUUUGAGUAUGGACAGGUAAAUCAUGCUCUGGCUGCUGCUAUGCGGACUCUAAUCAAGGAAUACAUGAUACUAAUUACCCAGUUGGAACAUCUUCAGAGACAGGGACUUCUGUCACUGCAGAAACUCUGGUUUUAUAUUCAGCCCACAAUGAGGACCCUGGAGAUUCUUGCUUCGCUUGCUACUUCUGUGGAUAAAGGUGAGUGUAUGGGAGGAUCAACCCUGAGCUUACUCCAUGACAAGACUUUCAAUUACACGGGGGACAGCCAGGCCCAGGAGCUGUGCCUGUAUUUAACCAAGGCAGCCAGUGUGCCUUAUUUUGAAAUUCUGGAAAAGUGGAUAUAUCGAGGCAUCAUUAAUGAUCCGUACAGUGAGUUCAUGGUGGAGGAACAUGAGCUGCAGAAGGAGAAGAUUCAGGAGGACUAUAAUGACAAGUAUUGGGAUCAAAGAUAUACUGUUGUUCAGCAACAGAUUCCCUCAUUCUUGCAGAAAAUGGCUGACAAAAUACUAAGCACAGGGAAAUAUUUAAAUGUUGUGCGAGAAUGUGGACGGGAUGUUACCUGCCCUGUGGCUAAAGAGGUCAUCUAUACUUUAAAAGAGCGAGCGUAUGUGGAACAAAUAGAAAAAGCAUAUAACUAUGCUAGCAAAGUUCUUCUGGAUUUCCUAAUGGAGGAGAAAGAGCUGGUGGCUCACCUAAGAUCUAUAAAACACUAUUUCCUGAUGGAUCAAGGGGACUUUUUUGUUCACUUCAUGGAUCUCACAGAAGAGGAACUUAAGAAGCCUGUAGAUGACAUCAUAACUACGAGGCUAGAGGCUCUGCUUGAAUUAGCCCUGCGAAUGAGCACAGCCAACACAGAUCCUUUCAAGGAUGAUUUAAAGAUUGACUUGAUGCCUCAUGACCUCAUUACACAGCUCUUGAGAGUAUUGGCCAUAGAAACGAAACAGGAGAAGGCCAUUAUCAGUGCAGACCCCACAGAGCUCACUCUCAGCGGUCUGGAAGCAUUUUCCUUUGACUACAUUGUUAAGUGGCCUCUGUCCCUUAUUAUAAACAGGAAAGCACUGACAAGAUACCAGAUGCUUUUCAGACACAUGUUCUAUUGCAAACAUGUGGAAAGACAGUUGUGCAAUGUUUGGAUCAGCAAUAAGACGGCCAAGCAAUUCUCCCUACAUUCAGCUAAGUGGUUUGCUGGUGCUUUCACACUGCGGCAGCGGAUGCUGAAUUUUGUACAGAAUAUCCAGUAUUACAUGAUGUUUGAAGUGAUGGAGCCAACAUGGCACAUUCUUGAGAAGAACUUGAAGCUGGCAUCUAAUAUUGAUGAUGUCCUGAGCCACCACACAAGCUUCCUGGAUAACUGCUUGAAGGACUGCAUGCUAACCAACCCGGAGCUGCUGAAGAUCUUCUCCAAGCUGAUGUCUGUCUGUGUCAUGUUUACAAACUGCAUGCAGAGGUUCACCCAGAGCAUGAAGCUGGAUAAUGAGAUGGACCGUCUCACCUUAGAGCACGGCACAAUGCUGGGCCCACCAACAGAGGAGGAGCGCGCUGAAGAGACUGCGAAGAAGAAGCUGACUAACAAGCUUUUAGCAGAACAUGCUGACAACCUCCACCUGACAUCUGGCUUCGAAGCAACGAUCAACAAGUUUGAUAGCAAUUUCUCAACACAUCUGCUGGACCUGUUGGACAAACUGAGCAUUUACAGCACCAAUGACUGUGAGCACAGCAUGCUCAACAUCAUCUACAGGUUGGACUUCAAUGGGUUCUACACAGAGCGCCUGGAGCACAUGUCUGCCGAGCGCAGCCAGAAGGCAGCUCCCCUGCUUCCCCACCUGGCUGUACCUGCCCAGUGAAGCCCUGCUGUUGCCCCUUUCAGCCACCCCCUCUUCUGCACCAGCAGAGAACCAGACACUCACUGACUUCAAACUAGUACUCGACCCUCUACAUUGACAGUGCAAGCUGGAAGCAAACCAUAAGGGUUGUCAUAGAGAGACAGGGGAGUACUCAAUCUCCUGAAAUGUACGUAAUGGAUUUUCUCUUCUGAGAGGCUUUUGUUAAGUCCUUUUUUUUUUACUACAUUGUAAAAUGAUGUAUUUGUGUGUUGUAAAAUAAAUAAAAAAUCAGG